AAGUCAGGUUAUUAUUAUUCUUGUUCUUUUGCUUCAAGCACCACCAAAUCUCCCAUUCUCUCCUCUCCUCUUUCAAAGCUUAUCUCUAGAAAGCAUCAGAUUUCCUUUUUCAGACAGAGAAGAGAGAAACAAUACAAGCUGUACUCAUCAUCAUCAUAAAAAAAAAAAAUGAACGGCAGUGAUGCGUACAGUGCAACAGAGGCUCAAUACGUACGGAGACACCAUAAACAUGAGCCUAGAGAGAACCAGUGCACUUCUGCUCUUGUUAAGCACAUCAGAGCUCCUGCUCACCUUGUAUGGUCACUGGUGAGGCGAUUUGAUCAGCCGCAGAGGUACAAGCCAUUUGUGAGCAGGUGUGUUAUGAACGGAGAGCUUGGGAUUGGAAGUGUUAGAGAGGUGAAUGUUAAAUCUGGACUUCCUGCAACUACUAGUACUGAGAGGCUUGAGCUUCUUGAUGACGAGGAGCACAUUCUUGGAGUCCAGAUUGUUGGUGGUGAUCACAGGCUCAAGAACUACUCAUCAAUUAUGACUGUCCACCCGGAGUUUAUUGAUGGGAGGCCUGGCACUUUAGUCAUAGAAUCAUUCGUUGUAGAUGUGCCUGAUGGGAAUACCAAGGAUGAGACAUGUUACUUUGUCAAGGCCCUUAUAAGGUGCAAUCUCAAAUCUCUGGCUGAUGUCUCUGAGAGGAUGGCUGUGCAGGACCGGGUUGAACCUGUCAAUCAAUUCUGAGUAGUAAGGUCCUGGAGGUUCGAUGGGAGAUUGAUAAGUAAAAGUUAUGUCGUUUGACUGAUCUAGUUUCCCGAAGCUUUGUAGAGUUUGGUUGGAGUACUUCCUCCUCGCAGAAGUUUUGAAUGCAAUGGUUCUGCCGUUCUCUUUGCAUUAUUCCUUAACAUUGAAAUGGGGCUUUCCCCUGUUUAGUGUUUAGGUUUAUAGUCAAGUUUCCUUAAACAUCCGAUGAGUGGGAAAGGAUCAGUUGUUCUUCAAUGUUGUUUUUACUUUAUGGAUGGUGGUAUGUAAAUUGCUGCUGGUCAUAUCUGUAAAUACACCUGUAAGACACAGUUGGCUCCUUUUGGAUAGGGUUUUAUGUUGUAGUUGCCGCUCGCAGUGUAGGAUGUUAUGAUAGGGAAGAACUUGAAGUAGCAGUUAGCAGCUGUUGUUUCUUCUUUUU